AAAGGAGGGAGGCAGCCACUCGUUGACUGGCGUCGGGAGUGGGAGUCUUCCAGACUCCACGAGGAUUUGAGUGCUUUGACCAUCAGCAUCGAGAACAGGAUGCACCUAGAGGAGUUGGCGCCUACCUAUUAAUUACCGGAUCGAGUGGGACGCGGUGAGCCUCGUCGCGUCCGUCGCCGAUUGCGAUGUGGGCCAACAAGAGGUCAACUGUCUCGCGAUUCCGCUGCACGUUGCAGGCGACUGCGAUCAGAUUUACGAUUCUUUAGGGAGUCCGUUUUUCCCACCCGGGGCGCAUCAAAUGGGUUUCGGUUACCGAAGUCAAGACGCUCGACAAGUAAGCGGAGAACGUACGUGCUGGCUCACGGACGUCCUAUACUCGAACCAUUUGCACACCGUGAAGCAGGUGACUGGGGGCCCGAUGCUCCAGAGCGGGGACAUCAAGGGGCGGGCAAUGAAGGACCGACUGGAACGCUACCGGGGCGCUGUGCGGUUGCAUUUCCAGAACGGCACAGCCUCGCAGUCGCUCAGGCGGGAGAUGAAGCGUGUGCUCGAGUUGGAGCAAGAGCCUGCGCAUAACCUGGAGUCGCUUUUGCGCGAAAACUGGGACGAUCGAACUGCCGUCACUGGUGUGGCCCUCCUCAGCCAGUCGACGUAUGAAG